AUGGCUGCUCGUAUUCUCCAUCAUCUAUAUUACCUCGGUGGCAAUGCAGUACCAUGUUCUAUAAUCUGCUCGCUAGUUGAUCCUCUUGAUCUCAUUGUCGUAAUGUGUAUUCUGAAAGGGAAUUUUCUUGUCAGGGAGGAUGAUGCUGAAGGGACGUACAACAUGCAUCCAUUGGUCUUCCUAUCAUUGAAAAAAAUUAUCACUGGUGAGAGACCAGAAACAGAUGGAAGUGAUAUCGAGCAGGAGCUCGAAUGGUACACACAAGCUGUUAUCGCCUUUGGAAAUCAUUACCCUGACCCAAAUAGCAAGAAUAGAGAAUGGUGGAAGAACUGCUUCGAACGUUUACUUAGCGACGGAAGCGAAAAGAGUGAUUCUGUGCGCAUUGCACUAGCCUUGGUCUACAAUAAAGAAUCGAAACAUCUUACGUAUACGGAAGAACAGCCGGAUGAAUUAUGGAAGAAGCGUGUUGAAGGUAUCCUGUACCUGUCUGAGGGUACCCAACAAAUUCGAUGUUGUCGAUCUGUUUCGCCAGAUUCGCAAGACUAA